AUGCGCACCUCUGCCCUCGUCGGCGCCCUCGAGGCCAUUGACUCCCACCUCACGAGCGACUUGAACGCCCGCGGGGACAUGAGAUACAUGCUCACCAGGCACGAGUACAUCCACUGCACCAACUUGACGAACCACGAGAUGAGCCUCAUCAUUGAGACAGGGGACAAGAUGAGAGUCUCUUUCAAAUCGGACUUUGGCGUGCGCGAUGCCCUGAUAUGGGGCACGCAGAAGGGCGCCGAGGCCGUCGGUCUCGCUGACAAGAUCGGCACGCUGACCCCUGGCAAGCGGACUGACUUUUUCGUCUUCGCGGGCAAGCGCACGCUCAGCGGUUACGUGAGUCCCUUGGGUCCUGCUAUUUUGCAUUCUACUCCGCUGGUGUUGAUUUGA